CAAGGCGUUUUUCACGCAGUCCUCUCAUCAACCUGGAGUCUGAAGACUCUUAUUCAACUUACAGUAAACAUAGCAGAAAAAACACCUAUAACGAACUAUUCGAUGGCUCGGAAACGGAAAAUUUUUGAUAAUAACCUUAGUCGGGAAAAUAAAAAACCUUCUCCUGAUUCAAAGAAUGAAAAUGCAGCUGAGAAGGUGAAUUUACUGAACGAUAAACUGUUAUCAUUGUACAAAAAGGAUAUCUCAGCAAAGCUCGAUAGUCCAGUUGCUGUAUUGAAUGACACAAAGAGAAACUUGGAUGAAAGUAAUUGUAAUUCAUCUACUGAAGAGAAUAGUAAAGUAGAAGAUAUAGAAAAAGCAAAAACAGCUGGGAAAACUCCUAAGAAAAUUUAUCAAGUGAAAAGAAAUACUGUUUUAACUCUGAAGCAUUCUUCUUUGACGUUUGAUGAUGUUGGAGGAAUGGACAAAUCGCUUAUGGAAGUUCUUCAGCUAUUCAUACAUCUUAAAUCUCCACAAUUAUUUGAAGCUAUGGGUGUGAGACCUGUCAGAGGUUUUCUUCUUCAUGGACCUCCUGGCUGUGGAAAAACACAUUUGGCUCGAGCUACUGCUGGUGAGCUUUCCCUGCCCUACAUUGAAGUUGCUGCAACAGAACUAGUAUGUGGCAUAUCUGGUGAAUCUGAAAGCAAAAUUAGGGAUAUGUUCGAGGAAUCUAUUAAAAGCGCACCUUGUAUUCUUUUCAUUGAUGAGAUAGAUGCUGUGAGUCCAAAACGAGAUACUGCCGACAAAGGGAUGGAAAAACGAAUGGUGGCUCAGUUGUUGAAGUGCUUGGAUGAGCUGAAUGAAAAGGAUGCUGUAUCUCAUGUUAUGGUAAUUGGGGCUACUAAUCGACCAGAUUCUAUUGACCCUGCUUUGCGACGAGGAGGGCGAUUUGAUCGUGAAAUAGCUAUAGGAAUGCCAGAUGAAAAAGCUAGGUUUAAUAUUUUGGAGGUCCUGUGUAAAAAUCUAAAACUGGCUCCCGAGUUUGACUUGAAUUGGCUGGCUCAUCACACCCCUGGAUACGUUGGUGCAGACUUAAAGAGUCUUAUUACUGAAGCUGUAAAAAUUGGUAUUUGGAGGAUAUGUAAAAGGCUUAUAAGUUCAACUGUUCAAGAAAACAAAGUAGACUGUGAUGGAGAAGGUGGUGAAGCACCACUGCCCGACAUUAAUGUAGAUUUGGAAACAGAACUUCCUCUUCUAGCAGUGCGACAAUGGUUUAAAACUAAAUCAACUGUAUUUGAUGAGCAAACUGAAAACCUUUAUUUUGAACAGUCAGAUUUUAAAGCUGCUAUUCAAAAUUGCGUUCCCUACUCAAAAAGGGAAGGUUUUGCUUCUGUUCCUAAUGUUACAUGGGAUGAUGUUGGAGGAUUAGCUGAUGUCCAAAAGAAACUGAUAACUUCAAUUUUGUGGCCAGUUAAGUAUCCAAAGAUUUAUGAGAAGAACAAUAUCACUAGCAGUAAAGGAAUCUUAUUGUAUGGACCUAAAGGUUGUGGCAAAACACUUUUAGCAAAAGCCAUUGCCAAUGAAUGUAGUAUCAAUUUCUUGUCAGUAAAAGGACCAGAACUGCUUAGUAUGUAUUUAGGUGAAAGUGAAAAGGCUGUAAGACAGUGCUUUCAAAGAGCCAGAAACUCUGCCCCAUGUGUUAUCUUCUUCGAUGAGCUAGAUGCCUUAUGUCCCACUCGAUCUGGCUCCAAUGUGAAUGCUGCUGCUGAACGUGUCGUGAAUCAGCUGCUAACAGAGAUGGAUGGGAUGGAACCCCGUCAUCAAGUCUUCGUUAUUGGCGCUACAAACAGAAUGGAGAAAAUUGAUUCAGCUAUGCUUAGACCUGGUCGAUUGGAAAAACGUAUCUUUGUCGAUAUACCUUCACCUGCUGGUCGGGUGGAAAUCUUAAAGAGUAUUACAAAGAACAAAACUGCUCCAAAGAUGUCUGAUGAUAUCAAACUAGAAACAGUAGGCCUUGAUUCAAGGUGCUCUGGUUUUAGUGGUGCCGAUCUUGCUUAUCUUGUUAGGGAAGCAUUUUUUAAGGCAAUGGAUGACCAAAUCAGCUCAACUUCCUUUGUAUCAGAAAUAGAAAUAAAAAUGGAGCAUUUUGAAUAUGCUUUUGGAGUGGUUAAGCCCUCUAUUGAGGAAAAAGAUUUGAAGUACUUCCGAAACCAUCCUGUACAUAAUCUUGGAACAUGAGUUUUAUUUAUUUAAAUGUAUAUUUUAUUUUUAAUAAUAAAUCAUUGUUUUU